UUUUUGAUUAGUGGCGACCAGUGAUAGAUUUCUGGUCGAUGUCCAUGUCGAAAUAAGGAAUUCCCACAGUGAAGCGACUGAGUAUCAUAGAACAACUUCCGUGUCCUUACAAAGCAACUUUGGUUUUGUUUUUGAUAUUGCUGAUCUGGAGUUGGUCUUGUCUUUUUUGUAACUACUUCUAAAGAGUUCCUGAUAAGACGAUAAACCCAUUUGUUCCGCAAGCAUCCAAUCUUGAUUGUAGUCGUAGUACGUCUACUUACUUUGAUCAACGUUAUUUCUCACAUAAUUGCGAUAAGAUGACGUUGUCCACGCGCGGAGGGUUGCGCGACAUCACGAAUUGUCGCAUGGAAACUAACGGCGAACAGGAUCAAAUUUGGGUACUUUCUUGUAGCUUUGCUCGUUGAUGUACCUGCAUUUACCCGCCGCUAUACUGUCCUUCUAAAUGAGGGGAAAUAUCCCAUCGUCCCAAUAUUUACUUGGACUCAAGUAGUACUCAAAACAACAAUUUAGUACUUGCAAAAUCCUAUUCAAUCAGGAGGAUUUGAGUGGAAAACACCAACCAGCAGCGCCCGUUGGUGGAAAAGUCGCUCGACGAAGUAUCGGGCAAAUAGCAAGAGACCAUAUGGACUUUGGCGACCCACAACAAGUGACCGAGUAUGCGGUCGACAUCUACAACUUCCUAUCAGCGAAGGAGCAAUCAGCAGAAAUGAGGGUAAGAUGGCUCGUUCCAUUUCGAAAGCCUAGAAGUCUUAAGAUUCUUUUUGGAUUGAUGUGGGUCCGUGGUAUUUCUAUUUUCACAGUAUCCCUCCACGAAUCUGUUACCUACUUUUCGCCACACCAAUUUCUACAGGUACAUAGAGGCUUUCUCGACGGAGCAGCAGAGGUGAGCGGACGUAUGAGGGGGAUCCUUUUGGAUUGGCUUAUUGAAGUGCAUUACAAAUUCAAACUUCUACCCGAAACCCUCUAUCUCUGUGUCAACCUCAUUGACCGGUUUUUGCAGAAAGAUAAAUGUAUCCCAAAGAGACGGUUGCAGCUUAUGGGAGGCACAUGUACAGUCACUAUCUUAUGUAUGAUGUCUCAAAAGUUUGACCUGUUCUUGUUGUCACUGAUGAUUGAGUUGGUUUAACCUUAACAUGCUAUCAAUCUGAUUGUGGUCCCCAGUGCGAUUACCCCUUCAUGCUCGAGUCAAUCGUAUUGUUGAACAUGACUGGAAAACAAACACAGGUAUGCUAGUCGCGGCGAAGUAUGAGGAGUACAGACCACCGGAGGUUAGGGAUAUCUGUUACAUCAUGGACAACGCGUAUCAAAAAGAGGACGUCCUCGAGAUGGAGGUUCAAGUGCUGAACACAUUGGUACUCGACGAGAGCUUUUUAUUCGUUGCAUGGCUUAGUUGUACAGGCUAGAGAUCGUCGGGACGGAAGUAAUGUGACUGUCACUAGCGCUCAUUAGAAAGGUCCACAUAUUGUUCCUGUUGAUUUUGAUGUGUCUGUUACAUACAAGUGUAAUGGCCUGACCUCAUCUCUCAAUAUCGAUGAUGAACUUCAACAGCAAUUUUCCUUGACGACUGCGAGCCCUUUGCAGUUUCUAGAAUUCUUCGCGAAAGGAUUCUGCGGGCGAGACUCAGAACUUCACUAUCUAGCACAAUUCUGCCUCGAGUGCAGCAUCAUCGACGCAGAGAUGACAACGUAGAAUUGAUUCUGGGCUUGUUUCUCUCAUAGAUGAUGUAGUCGUGCAACAUUUUUACUGAGAAAUCGUUAGUUUUGCUUUUUGUUACUGUCACUGAAAUCAUUUUACUCUUUUUAAGUACAAGGAGUGUGAAUGCAUGUACUUUUUUCUCCAGGUUAGUUUUGGACCGAUUUGAGUUCCUCCCAUCUUCAGAUACCUUCCGUCACAACUUGCAUGCGUAGCACUGUUCACGGCAUCGCGAGUUAUGUAUCCGGAUAAUCACAACAAGAUGCACGAAAUGCCAGGGCCGUAUGAUAAGGAGUUGAUGCUCCGGAUGGAAAGCGAGCUGGUCAAGGUACUUACAUUUGUGUCGUUUUACAUUUAAGAUCGUUUGAUGGUUCCUGUAAAUGAUUAUGAUAAUGAUUGCUUGAAGAACAACCAACCAGAUGAAAAAUAAAGUUUUUCUUUUAGUGGCGGCCAGCAGUACCUGGUCCGUGGCAUAGAUCAAUGCAUGCUCUGCGUGUGGGUACUUCAGUCUGAAAUUUGAUUUUUCAAAUCAUCUUUUGCAGGUGAUAACCGCACAAAAGGACAAAGCAUUGGGAAAGAAGUACGCAAAAGACCGCUACAAAAAUGUCAUGUCAUACGUCCGAAAGUUUGAACUUGGUGCCACUGCAGGGGGAGAGAUAAGCGGUCAGUAA